CAAGUUGAGACUUUGGCGUGGAAACAACGAGAUGCUGCUUUCCAUGAGUUUUGUGCUCGCAUUGAGCGUCGCACUUUAUAGUGACGCGCAGACGUACGCAGGAGCCGAGAAAUCAAAGAGCUUAAUGUCCACAUGGGAGCAGCAGCAGAAUCAGCAGAAGCAGCAGCAAAAGCUGACACUGAUCAGCCGGGCACAGGAUGAACAAAAGCGCAAGCUUUUAAGCAUGGAUUUUAAGCUCAAUCAAGUGCUCAGCAAGCUCAUCACACUCACACACGCAAAGCAGGCGCCCUUUGCUGGAAGGCAUUCCAUGACGCAGUUCGCUGCCAGCUGGAAUAUGGCCAUGGAUCGCUUUGAGCGCAACAGCAACAGACUGCUGAAUAGAAUGCAACAGAAUGUUAAGAAAUGGCAGCGCGAACAUGAGAGGCACGAGCACAUUAACAGACUGGAAGAGGUACAUGCAAUGCUUGCGCUGCUCGUGAAGAGUAGCCAAAGUAGCACUCGGCACAACGAAGAUGCCAUCAAAUUGGAUCCAACCAAUGAUAGCAACUUAACGAAACCAUUGGAAAUGGCGGCAUAUUUGCAGCCAGCCUUAGCGGAUUGCUCCGAGCUGGAUGAGCAGCAGCGUGUGGAUGGUGUCUACAAGUUGCUGGAACCCGAAUGGAAUGAAGUGCAUCGUGACUUCCACGAGCGUAGCUGUGCUUUUGCCACCGCCGGCCCCGCCUGGACGAUAAUACAGCGACGCAGCAGUGUGGGGAAUUUCCAGCUGGACAACUUCAAUCGCAGCUGGAACGAAUAUCGCACGGGAUUCGGUGAUUUUACGAAAGACUUUUGGUUUGGCAACGAAUUCAUACAUCGCAUUGUGGAUCGCGAUGAUUACGUGCUGCGCAUCGAGCUGCAGUUUCAGAAUGGAACGCAAUUGUGGACCGAAUAUGAACUCUUUCGAUUGGACAGCGAAAGUUACAAUUAUCAAUUGGUGAUUGGCCAACUCAAUGGAAAUAGCAGCAUGUCCGAUGCGCUGAUCAAUCACAAUCGCAUGGAUUUCCGGGCCUACGAUCGUAAUGGGAAUGAUGAGUGCUAUGGUGGCUGGUGGUUCGAUCGCUGCCAGGAUGCACAAUCCAAUUUAAAUGCGCACAGCAUCAUUUGGGGCAACAACGGACACAACGAAUAUUUAGUGAAAGCAUCACGUAUGCUCAUACGGCCGCGACACUCGGAUCCGUUGGAUGGCGACGACAUUUAUGCAGAGGAUUCGAUCUAUUAGCCUUCGAUUUGAAAAUGUUUAAUGUUAAGAGAUAAGUUUAGGUAUUCCAGCGACGGAUUGGAAAUACUGCUACAAAUAAACGUUACCGCCGA